AUGACAAAUUUGGAAAAAGUUAAAAUAGAAGACUAUACUGCAAAUGGCCAAGAAAUAAAUGUUAAUGCUAAUAUUCCUGUCCCUUCAACUGUUACAUACGAGUCUGGAGAAAAACAAUUAUCUAUUUAUGUAAUUGAUGAACUCUCAAUUAAAUCAAACAUUGAGACAUUUAGUUUUACUGUAAAGAAUAAACCAGAGCUUUUGAACUUCGAGCUCAAUCCAAAUAAUGUAAUUUCAGGCCAAGAUGUUCAUAUAGAAGGCGAUAUCAAUGAUUUAGAUAAAACAAAGAAAGUAUUUGCAUAUUGCAAAUUCGAUGUGGAUAGCGAGAAACAAAAGAUUGCCGAAUUUGUUUCUGAUACAACAGCUCAUAAAAUCAACUUCGACGCCAAAGUUCCGACAUAUGAUUCAAUUGGAAAGAAAUCAUUCAAAGUAUGGGCAACAGAUGUUGAGAACGCAGAUGCUCCAGAUGAUGCGAAAACAAUUGAAUUUGAAGUGAUAACAAAGCCAACUGUAGAAUUCGAAGAAACAGCAAAACGAAUCUAUUCAGCAUCUGAUGUUAUGGAGAUAAAAGGAAAUGUUAAGGCAACGACAGAAGUAACACUUCAUUUCUACAUUGAUGGCAUUUUGCAUGAAGGAUCUAUUGAAUCUGUGAAACAAGGAACACUAUUUCAAGGAUUCAAGAUUACUGAUAAAAUUGGUUUUGGAAAACAUAAAAUCUUUGUCACAGUUGUCGACAAAAAUGGAAUUGAAUCUGAUCCAUCUGCUGAAUAUGAAUUCCAAGUCAAUAAUGGGCCAGAACUAUACGAUGUGGCAAGAACUCCAGACAAAAUUAAAGUAGGAGAAGAAAUAACUAUCACAGGCUAUGUUGAAGAUGUUGAUUCAGGAGACGAAAUAACAAUCAUUGUUAUGAUUGGAAUUCUUGAAGGAAGAAAAACUACAAUUAAAUCAGAAGGAAAAAGAAAAGAAUUCAAUAUCAUUAUUAAGACUUCCAAAGAAAAUGGUUUAGGAUGGAAAUUGAUAUCUGUAUCAGCCAUUGAUAAAAAUGGAAAGAAGUCUUCAGUAAAAGAGUUAUCAGUACAGAUCGAAGACAAUUCAAUUGAAUCAAACACCGAAAAUGAUAAAGAGAAGGAUAAAACUCCUGAGCCAAACGAUAACUCUAAAACAAAGAAAAUUGUAAUUCCUGUUGGAAUUUCACUCGGAGCAAUUCUUGUUAUAGUUAUUGUGAUAGUUAUUGUAUUAGUUGUGAUCAAGAAGAAGAAGAAUUCAAAUUCUGAUAUUGUUUCUGACAAUGAAGCCUAUAUGAAUAAUAAUCCUUAA